AUGAAAUUACUAUCAUAUUUCUGCGGGUUAGUGAUUAUGUUUGAACUAAGUUUCAUUUUGGCUAUAAAAAAAGAAUAUUAAGAUAACAUGAUGGAGGAUUAGGACGGUAUUAAAAUUAUUAUGGAAAGUUCUCAUUCUAAGAAAAAUAAAUUGCAUGAUACUCUAUCAAUAGAUAAUGAUAAAUCAUCAAAAAAAGAAUAUUUUGAUUAAAAAUAAGUAUUUGAUUAUUUUUCAUUAGUUAAAAAUAAAAAAACAGCUGAUUAAGAUGAAGAUAACUCUGAUAGUGAAGAAGAAGAAGAUGUUUCAAGCAUAGAAAAUGAUGAAAUAAAUUCAUAAAAGGAAUAAAGUGAAGAAACAACAAGUGAUCAAACUAAAGAAGAUAAACAAAAAACUUAAACAAAUUCCAACAAUGAAAAUAAAGAAUAAUCUUAAGACUAAGACUAAUAAUAACCAAAAUAACUUGUAUUAUAACUUAAAGGCUCAGAUAGCUAAAUUAUAUAAAAGGAAGAUGGGGAAAUAUAUUUUCUUCGAUAUGACCCAGUUAGUUAAACAACAUAAAUGAUGAACAUGAAUAAAAUCAAAGAAGUUGACUUUAAAAAUAGUAAAAUGGUUGUAGAUACAUCUACUUCAGAUAAGCAAAAAUUAUAAAAGUAUACUAUUCCUACAUACGAUCCUUUUGAGUGGUUUUAAGUUUUAUCUGAAGGUGAAAUUCCACAAAGAAGAGGUGGUCACACUUUAAUUGCUGUUGGUUAAACAAUAAUCCUUUUCGGUGGAUGCCUUUAAGACAUCUAGUGUUUUAAUGAUUUAUACUUCUAUGAUAUCAUGGAGCUCACUUGGUCUACUUCUAAGAUAUUUGGUGAACCUCCAAGCCCUAGAAGUGGUCACUCAGCUACUUUAGUUGGAUCUUAUCUUUAUAUUUUCGGUGGAUCUAACCAACAUGGUAUAUUAAGCGACCUGCAUAGACUUAAUUUGGCUAGUAGAGUAUGGGAAUAAUUUGAAUUUGAAGGACCCAAGCCACCUGGAAGAACAAACCAUAAAGCUAUAUUAGAUAAUCAGGGAAGAAUUGUUUUCUUUGGAGGUUUUACAGUACAAGGAUAUUCUAGCGAUGUCUAUUUUCUUGAUUUAGUCAAUCUUAGAUGGGUUAAGCCACUCGUAAAUGGAGAACCACCUCGCCCAAGAGAGAAUUUUUCCAUGAAUCUCGUACGUGAUUCUUAUAUUUGGAUAUUUGGAGGCUACUGUCUUGGAGGAGAAACGAAUGAUUUAUGGCAACUAGAUGUAGAAAAUAUGAGAUGGACUAAGAUUUUAGAAAGUUAUGGCACUAAACCAAUUGAGAGACAGGGGCAUUAAAUGGUUCUUCAUGGAAAACUACUUUAUACAUUAGGUGGCUGCAAUUACAAGGAAUAAAGAUGCUUCAACGAUGUUUAUUAAUUAAAUAUUGAUGAUUUGACAUGGACUAAAUUAGAUUUUGUACUUGAGAACACUCUUAAAGAAAGAGAUAACUAUGGUCUAACAUUAAUGGGGUCUAAUCUUUAUCUUUUUGGGGGUUGUUAAAUGAUGGAAAAGUGCUACAACGAUUUCUUAGUAAUGAAUAUAACUGAUAUUUGUCCUAAAAACUGCACUGGAAGAGGUAUUUGUAGAAACAAUAGAUGCUAAUGCUAGGAGGGGUUUUUUGGUGAAUAAUGCGAAAUUGAAAUGCAUUGUGAGUAUAAUUGCUCAAACAGAGGUAUUUGUGGAACUGAUGGCAAUUGCAAGUGCUACAGCGGAUUUGCAGGUAAAGUAUGCGAAUUGUAUAUUCCUUGUCCAUCGAACUGUACCAGCAUAGAUAAUGGCUUGUGUUAAUCAAAUGGACUUUGCUAGUGUAAUCAAGGAUAUAAAGGAUUAGCUUGUGAAAUUGGAUAAAAAGGAUUACUUGAUAUAGAAGUUAAAUGCCCUAAAAAUUGCAGCAAUCGAGGAAAAUGCAAUGAAAUAACAGGAAUAUGCAUAUGUGAAGAUGGCUAUGGUGAUCUAGAUUGCUCACUCACAAUCGAAGCAUGGGAGUAGAAAUAAAAAGAGAAAGAAUAAAAGAAAAUAGAAGAGGAAUUAAAGAAAAAAUAAGAAGAAUUAAAGAAAAAUGAAGGAAACAAAGACAAAUAAGAAGAUGAAGCCAACAAAGAAAGUUAAUAGGAAUCUUAAAAUCCAAAAGAGUAAGUGAAUGAAGGAGAUAAAAUAAAUGUAUCAAAUGUAGAUGCAGGAUAAGAAGCAUAAUAAUCAUCACCUGAUUAGAAUACAUAAUAAAAUUAAGAUACAUCAUCUGAGGAGGAGUCUAAGUUGUAAGCUGAUUAACAGUAAUCUUAAAAAACAAAUGAUUUGGAUGAAGAAAAUGAUAAAACAUCUGAUGGUGAUGAAAACUAGGAAUAAAAAGGAGAUAGCUAAAUUGAUGAGUUAUAAAAUGUAUCAGAAUCAAAAAAUGAAGAAUCAGAUUUAAGCUAACAAGAUUUAUCUAAAAGUGAAGAAAUUGCUAAGCUUAUUCACAUGGCCUUAAAAGCAAAUCAGAAAUAAGAAUAAGUAUCAAAUCUCUCUGACUGUGAAAAUAGCUGUUCAUUUAAUGGAGUGUGCUAUAAAUAAGAGUGUUAUUGUAAACCUGGCUUCACUGGAGAAGAUUGUUCUGCAUAUAAAAUAUCUUAACUUCAUAAAGGAAUCAAAGCAAUUAAGCUGGUAUUUUAUAUUCCUAUCUUCUUAAUAAUCGGAAUUAUUAUAGGGUACUACUACAUUAAAUAAGCUUAGUCAGAGUAAGAAGAGUAAGAGUUUGGUGAAAUCGAAGACUAUAAAGAGGAAUAAAAGAGAUAAAGUAUCUUGGCUCUAAACAUGAACUAAAAUUCUGACAAUAAAAAACUUAUUUAUAUUGAGGACAAUAACGACGAAGAAGAUUCUGUAUCAUUUAUAAAAGAGAGAGUUUCUAAUAGCGAAGUCUCAGAUAUAUCAGAACAUACACACAAAGAAUAAGAAGUAAAAAGCUUAUAACAGAUUUAGAAAUAAAAUUCAUAGGAGUCCCCAGAAAUAAAUCAAAAAAAUUCUAAUUAAUAAUCAGUCAUUUUAGGAUAGAAAGAAUCUUCCAUCUAACCUUCAUAAUAAAACGAAAAACAAUCUAAUAUAUUUAUUAGAAAUCCUAACAAACAAAGUGUAGAAGACCCCUUCUCAAAUAAUUGA